AUGGACAAGGAAGGAGGAACAAUUUCCAGACCGCCCCUACUGAUAGGGCCUGAGAACUAUGACUACUGGAAAUCUAAGAUGAUGGUUUUUCUUAAAUCCAUUGAUAGCAGAACAUGGAAAGCUGUAGAAAAUGGCUGGGAACCCCCAGUGGUCAUUGAUAAGGAUGGAAAGAAAACCAGUGAAAUCAAGCCUACAAAAGACUAUUCUAAAGACGAGGAUGACUUAGCUCUAGGAAACUCAAAAGCCUUAAAUGCCAUAUUCAAUGGGGUGGACAUCAACAUGUUCAGACUUGUCAAACGAUGCACUGUGGCUAAACAUGCGUGGGAGAUACUUAGGAAAGCACAUGAAGGAACCAGCAAGGUAAAGUUUGACAUGAAAGUGACAGCAAUUGAAGAAUCUCAAGAUCUGGUCAACAUUCAAGUGGAUGAACUAAUAGGCUCACUUCAAACCUAUGAGUUAGGCAUGAAUCAAAGAAAAGAAAAGAAAAAUAAAAGUUUAGCCUUUGCCUCCAACACUAGAGAAGAUGAAGAAUCAAAUUUGGAGAGUGAUGAAAGUUUGUCAGAAGCAAUGGUCUUGCUGGGAAGACAAUUCAACAGAAUCAUGAAAAGAAUGGACAAAAAGUCUAAGUUCAAUGUGCCAAGCAUCAAGCUCGACAUCAACAAACAGACCAAUGAUCAAAGAAGGGCUAGAAGUGAUGAGAAAACCAGUCAGUCAGAAGGGGUCCAGUGUCAAGAAUGUGAAGGAUAUGGACACAUCAAAGCUGAAUGUCCUACCUUUCUGAAGAGACAAAAGAAAAGUCUGGCUAUCACUUGGUCAGAUGAGGAUGACUCAGAGGAGGAAACUGAAAGUGGAUCUACAAAACAUGUCAAUGCGCUGACAGGUCUGUGUGAGUCUGAUGCUGAAUCAUGUGAUGAAACAUCUUAUGAGGAACUGCUUACCACCUAUAAGGAUCUGUUCAUCAGAAGCAAUGAAGUUUAUAAAGCGUUGGAAAAACAAAAGAAGGCGAAUUGUCAACUGCAGGCUGAGAAGAAUGAAUGUCUGGUAACAAUUGAUACUCUCAACAAAGAGAUUGAAAAACUAAAUGUUGACUUGGAGCAUGCUAGAAGACAAGUCAGAGUUUAUGGAUCAGGAGAAGAAAAAUUCCAAGCAAUGCUAUUGAAACAAAGUGCAGGAAAGAAACCAAUUGGCUUUGACUAUGAGAUUGUUGAUCAACAAAUGGGAUACAACAAAGCUACAAUCAGUACUCCCAUUGAGAAGACUUUUCCUGUCAGUGCUGGCUUUUUACCACCACAUCCUCCCACACACCAGGGAACUGACACUUGGUUAAAAUCCAAACCUAAGCCUCCUGCACAGACUGGAUCGAUGCCUCAACAUCCUCCUCCACAUCGGAAUAACUGGUCAAGAACUAAAUCUAGAAGAAGGAACUGGAGAUGUCACUAUUGUGGUAGGAAAGGGCACAUAAGGCCUUAUUGCUAUAAAUUGUAUGGUUACCCAAAGAAUUUCCGGUCACCUGCACCAAAGCCAGAAAAUGUGAAGACUAAGAAAGAGUGGAAAGAAAAAGAGAAUGAUGGAGAGAUAAAAGGAAUUGGGAAUCUAAUCAACAAUGGAUUGCCAAAUCUAGAUAAUGUUCUAUUGGUGAAAGGUCUUACAACUAAUCUAAUCAGCAUUAGCCAGUUGUGUGAUCAAGGCAUGAAAGUAAACUUCACAAAGUCAGAAUGUCUUGUUACAAAUGAAGAAGGAAGACUCUUGAUGAAGGGUGUGAUGUCAAAGGACAACUGCUACUUAUGGGUCUCUGAAGAAGAAAACCACUUGUCCACUUGUCUCUUAAGCAAAGAGGAUAAAGUGAAACUGUGGCAUAAAAAAAUGGGUCACUUACAUCUGAGAGGUUUGAAAAAGGUCAUAGCAGAAGAAACAAUCAAGGGAAAUCCAAAGCUCAAGAUUGAGGAAGGAACUAUAUGUGGUGAGUGCCAAAUAGGCAAGCAAACCAUGGUGGCACAUCCAAGGCUCCAACAUUCGGUUACGUCUAGAGCACUUGAACUAUUACACAUAGAUCUGAUGGCACCUAUGCAGACUGAAAAUCUUGGUGGUAAAAGAGAAAAGGAGGUUGUUAUUGUAAGAAUAAGAAGUGAUCGUGGGAAAGAAUUUGAGAAUGCAAAAUUCUUUGAUUCCUGUGCAUCAGAAGGUUCUAACAAUGAAUCUACUAAUCCUAAAUCAGAACCUGCCCGUGUCAACAAAGUCCCAUUUAUCAGGGAUUUAGCUGAAGAAAAUAUUGUGAAGCUUGAUCAUGUUGCUAUUGAAGAACAGGUGGCUGACAUAUUCAGUAAAGCAUUGGAUGUUGUUGAGUUUGAAAGGCUAAGGGGCAAAUUAAGAAUUUGCCUACAUAAGGAAUUGUAG